ACAGACCUUCCUGUUUAUUUGUCUGUGUGUACCCAGAGUGUGGCCUCACAUGCUUUGAGGCCCUUUCCUGUCUUGUCUGGAUCACUUUGGCGGUGCCUUUGCCCAGGAUGAGGAAACUGAGGCCAGAGAGGAGGAAGUGCCAGCAUCGCCGACAGAGCCCUGUGGGACCUAGCCCCUGCUUCCCGGCCGGGUGCCUUUCACCUCUGCCAAGGCCUGGGAGAGGGUGCUUGAGCCUCAGUCUGGGUGGCUGUGCCUGGCAGUGUCAGGCUGGCACAGAGAGGCAAGCAAGACCCCUUCUAGGUCCAGGCUCCCUCCCAGAUGGAGAUGCGGAUCAGGCACGGGAGGGUGGGGGGUGACUGCCCGCUGCUUGCUUCUCUCCCUUUAGCCCUCAGAGCAGCCUGAGGGGUGGAUAUUGAUAUUCCCAUUUUGUAGUGAAAAAACUGAGCAAAGUUAAGCAGAGGUAGGAGAGGAGUUCGUUCAGUUGGAUCCUAGAGCAAGGGGCGGAGUCUAGCAAUCGUGUCUGUGAAGUUGAAAGAGGGAAGGAUGCUCAGAUGGCGGAAGAGGGCAGGGAGGCCCCCUCUCGCCAUCCCACUGCCUCUCAUCCUUUGGAUCAUUUCUCCUUGUGACCUCGACCAAGGCCCUCCCUCUUUCGUCUCUCAAUUUCCCCAUCUGCCCAGGACAGGAGCGUCUGAACCCACCCUGAGCUGGUUAACUCCAGUGCUGGGCACUGGCCCAGCUGGUUAAGGGCAGUGGGGGUGGCAGGUGGGCCUUGUGGCUGGGCUGGGGCUCGUGUGUGGCCUUUGUCCUGGGCUGAGGGGGUGGGCUGGGGCGGCGGGUUUUGUGCUCUUGUGAGCCUUUCUCUUCCCUAGUUCCCCUGUGGAUGGGAGGGAGGUGGCAGAGGCCCCGCAUCUCCCCCCUCUGCAGCAGAUGGUCCCCAGCCACCCCCUCCCCUACCCCAGCAGCCUGCGUGUCCUUUUGUUUCCUGCAGCCUGUGAAGUUUUAACCAUUGUCAGGGGCCCUUCCUUAAACAAAUCAAGUGCAGCCCUCAGCUCAGAGGAAAGAAACUCUGGGACCUCCGGACUCACAGGGCUGAAACCACCAGCCUCACUGCCCUCUCCUGCCCUUUUCUGGACCUGGCCCCCUCGCCCCGCACCUUUCCAUCAUUCUCCUUACUCAGGCUCACUAAUUGUCAUCAACGGACAGUCCCUUGUCCAUUUGGCCUGUGCUCCCGCUUGAGAGAGUUCCACUCUCUGACAGCUGUUUGGUGGCAAGAGUUUGCCAGGAGCAGGGCAUGACAGGCCUGGCUUCUUUACCAGGAUCCCUUGGGGGCUGUGUUGAAAACAGACUUGGGUGGGGGCAGAACAGAGUGGGGAGGCUAGGGGAGGGGCCACCCCAAAGCAGGCAGGAGGUGACAAGGGCAGGCUGGAGAAUGUGAGUGUGGGGAGGGGAGAACUACAGUGUGUGAGAAGGGGGAGGCACUGCCACGGAGGCUUUGGGUCCCAGCAAGGAGGGAGGCAGACCAGGUCUGGGGAAGCACAGGGCCACAGUCAAGCCCCAGGGGAUCUGAGAGCUUGGGGCUCAGGGAGGAGCUGGGGAGGGAAGUGGACUUGUGAGUCUUAGCUUCACAGGGACUGAUGGCAUUGCCGAGGGACUGUGCUGCAUGGAGAAGGUGGCCAGGGCCCGAGCUUGGAUCGCCAGCAUACUUCCUGUGGAAAUCCAGGGCCCUCCAGCAUCGGCUAAGACCCUAGGGAGAGGGGCUCAGAAGACAUUCAUCUUCACCGACGGCCCAGAUGAAAGCCUCCAGGAGAGACUGGGGUCUCACCUUGUGGUCACCAACUGCUCCGCAGAGCAUAGCCACCCAGCUCUGUCUUGCAAGAUGGCUGCGGAGUUCGAUGCCUUCUUGGCCAGUGGGCUGAGGUGGUUCUGCCACGUGGAUGAUGACAACUAUGUGAACCCAAGGGUGCUGCUGCAGCUGCUUAGAGCCUUCCCUGUGGCCCAAGACAUCUACGUAGGCCGGCCCAGCCUGAACCGGCCCAUCCAUGCGGCUGAGCCGCAGCCCCACAACCGCACGAGGAGGGUACAGUUCUGGUUCGCCACGGGGGGUGCUGGCUUCUGCAUCAACCGCAAACUGGCUUUGAAGAUGGCCCCAUGGGCCAGUGGCUCCCAUUUUGUGGACACAUCUGCUCUCAUCCGGCUACCCGAUGACUGCACUGUGGGCUACAUCAUCGAGUGCAAGCUGGGCGGCCAUCUGCAACCCAGUCCCCUCUUCCACUCCCACCUGGAGACUCUGCAGCUGCUGAGGGUAGCCCAGCUCCCGGAGCAGGUCACCCUCAGUUAUGGUGUCUUUGAAGGAAGACUAAACGUCAUUAAGCUACCAGGCCCCUUCUCUCCCGAGGAUGAUCCCUCCAGGUUUCGCUCCCUCCACUGUCUUCUCUACCCAGACACACCCUGGUGUCCACAGCUGGUUGUCCGAUGAAUCCUGAACUCUGGGCAAAGAUUGGGCUGAGGCUUCGGACUGUCCCUCAUCUCCUAAGGCAGCACUGAAGGCCCUGGGAAGGUGCUCUGUGGUAGGCGGGGCCCUGUGGUAGGCAGUCCCUGCAGGGCCUCUGGCUGGUGGGCAAGCCCAGGAUCUAGAUGGUAGUAGUUGGCACUGAAGGCAUCCCAGGCACCUCAGGGGUGAGCUGGACAGCGCACAGGACCUGGUGGACCAGAUGAUGGCCAGAGAAGCUCUGAGGGCUGGACAUCCUAGGUGGCCUAAUUGGAAAAAGCCUACUUGCCCUUUAAAGAGUGACAUGGGCCUUGGGUAGUGUCUGGCCCCUAUUCCUGGCUCUGACCUCUCAGUCAUUCCCCUGGUGCUCCAGUGCUGGGUCACUCACUCCUGGAGCCACUUGAGGGGUGGCUUCCUUGGCUGGGUCUCCAAUUGCUGAGGGGACCCAGGUAGAAUAAUGGCAAAAUCCAGGGUCUGUGUCAGAUACUGUUGCUGGCCAGUGUCCAGGUGCUCCUUGUUCCCCACCCCUUACUAAGAAGAUCAGAUUUUGUUUGGAAUCUCAGUACUCCCAAGCCCAGUGGAGGAUCAUAAUAGGGCCCAGCCAGGUGUGACAAUCCUUUUGCUCAUGUUCCCAGCCUCCCUAGCUGUUAGGGGCUGCCAUGUGACCAGCUCUAGCCAGAAGGAACUAAACAAAGCCCAUAGGGCAGUUUCUGAGGAAGGUUUUGCAGCUGUAUACCUCAUCUUUCUGCUGUGAACCUGGGUGUGAUGGUUGGAUCUGGGGCAGCCACCUUGAUGCCAUGAAGAAAGGCCAAGACAAUCAUUCACAGACGUCUCCUCCAGCAUCUGGUUCUGUGAGAAAAUUAAACCUUUAUUUAAGUCUCUCUUGAUCCAGUUUUCUGUUACACGCUGCCAAAGUGUUCCUGACUGGUUUAAGGCUUUUGGUCUCUCUGUCACAGUGGUGAUGGUGGUUGCUUUAGGUAGCAUGAUAUAAUAUUUGUAAAGGGCGCAUACAUGUGACAUAGCCUGGUAGAGAAAGAAAAGGCUCAGUGAGUGGUGACUGUUAUUACUCUGUCGGGUGUGUGAGGGUGUGCUUGUGUGUGUGUGUGUGUGUGUGACAUGACCCCUUCUACACAUCUGUGCAUGAGGAUAUAUGUGUGGUUUGUAUACCUGUGUUACACAUGUGUGUACCUCAUGUAUAUAAGGGUGUAUGUGCCACGAGGUGCUGGCGCUGGGAAUUGUUUCUCCUUUUCUAUGCCUUCAGGGCCUGGGUCGGGGAGGUGAGAGAAUCAGGGAAGGCAAAAUGGGGACUUAAAGCUGAGGGAUUCAGCCGCAGGUGUCAGAUCAAGGUGCCUAGGGGCAAGUUGACGGCCAAGGUGGGCACUGAGUAAAUUCAAGUGCCCUAAGAAUUUUAGAUGCCAGGGAGGUUGGAUGAAUGAAUGAAAGUGCUUGUGGUGAAAUUUCAGGCAUGAUGGCACAUAGUGGGGGUUAGAGAUGGGGGGCCUCUUCUCCCCACUCUGCGUCAUGCCUGGUGAUCUGGGACUUGGGGUCACAGUGGGAAUCUUGGAUGAGCCAGGAGGGAGGAGAGAUCCUGAGGUCUGCAGGGCUCUGACUGAGGCAGCCACGGUCAGGGGCUUCUUUGGCGUACAUCCUGCACCUUGAAGGACCAGAAACCUUGUUCUGGCCACAUCUGUGUCUGGGGUGUCUGCUGAGCAUCUGAGCCCCAGCCCCUUGUUUUCUGAGGAUGAGAGGUCCAGAGAGGGACUGCCACAUGCUUGUGGUCACACAGUGGGUCAGGUGCACAAGCCCAGCUGCUUGGGCUUUUCCAAAGCUUCCUUUCUUUUGGGCUGACCUAAUGCUGGGUUUGUGGGAUGCGAGUCAAGCCGAGUGAGGAUGGCCCCAGCCCUGAAGCCCUGUGGGGAUGGAAUGGGGCCAUCCACAGCCGCUGACUGCCCCGCCCUGCCCGGGGAAGGCUGCUGGUCGGCCCGCUUUUAGAAGCAGCCGCAGAUUUUCGGGUUGUUCCCAGAUCCUGAGGGUCGGGUGGAGGGAACAGGACUAGGGCCAUCUGCUGCCUCUAUUGUCCCAGAAUAGCUGGGGGUAGGGAGGGGGAGCAGAGUCAGCAAGGAUCAAAAUUGGGAGAGAGGAAGGAGGGAGGCUGGGUUUAACCAUUUGUGUGUCUGAGGCUUUGAAGCUCCCUGUGCCCUGUGCUGUGGUGACCCAUCUGGGCCCCAGAGGCAGGGGCUAGGAGUGGAGUGGGGGCAAGUUUGGACCACCUUGUCUUGGCCUUGCUGUGUCUCCUGGGCAUGUAGCUGCCCCUCAGCCUCCUCAACAUUAGCCUGGGGGCUGGUGAGCCCCCACCUGCCUGGUUUAGGGGGCUUGUGGGUGGGAUAAAUUGAGGGCUAUGGUUGACCCCUGACCCUUGGACUGGACAGCUAAGGGUGAUAAGGGGGACAGAGAAUGACUGCAGAGCAGGAGCCCUGCCCUGGGGAAGGCAUUGGAAGGAGCCUGGAGAUUAUCUAUAGGGGUGUCUUCUCCAAUCAGUGCCCACCCACUGCAAGGAGUGGACAGCAGCCCAAGGCGUGCCCCCUCACCCCCCAGCAACACUGAACUGAUGCCCCUGCACCUUCUGUGAGCCAGACCUCAUGCAGGCAGUGAGCAAGGGGGACUCCACACCAGGAGGCUGGUGACCUGUCACCUCAGCUUUGCCUGCUGUAGGUAUAUGACAGUGGCAAUAUAAACAUAGGUGUACAAGUGCAUGCGGGGAGUCAGGCACUGUCCUAGGUCCUUCACAUGAUUAGCUCAUUUCGUCCUCACCUAGUUGAAGUAGGCACUAUUAUCCUAUAUUACAGAUUAGGAAACUGAGGCACAGAGGCGGAGAAGGCCCCUGGUCAGUGUCACAGGCCUUCUUGGUGCCAGAGCCAAGAUUCGAGGCAGCCUGGCUCUGCAGUGGUCAUCUCACUGUGGGAUGACCUUGAAGUGUCAGAGAGCCUCACCGUGCCUGGCUUCACCCUCCUGUCUGCUCUGCCUUGAGGCAGGUGAUUUCAUUGCUCACUGCCCUCAUCUGUGAAGUGGGUGCAAUGACUCCCAGGAACAAUUGCGUGAGGCUUUGGAAUCCUGCACAGCAGGCUCCUGAGUCAGGGGAGCUGCUCAGUAAAUCUCAUCUCCCUGCCCUCUCUGUGCUCAAGUUCUCAGCUGAGGAGGGGGCAGCAGCAGUGCUGGGUUGGCCAUCGCCCCCAUCCGGUUUGUUAUCACAGCACCCCACCCCCAGCCCCCUGCUCUCUGGCUCAGGCACUAUGGCUGCCUUGCUUUUCCCCAGCAGGUGCUAAGUUCUCUGCUGGCACCAGCUCUUCCUUCUCCCUGGAGUGCACCACCCAUUGCUGCAUGGCUGGCUUGUUCUUGUCAAGCUCCCGGGUCCCCUCCUAGGGAGCUCCCUAACGCCCCACUAUACAACAGUCACCCGGUGGCUGUCAAUCACUGUCCCUUGCAGUAACUCUCUGCAUGCCCCUCACCCUCACAGACAUGUCUCUCAGGUAUGUGCUUGUCAUCUGCCCUCACCUGACUCUUAGCUCCGUGGCCCCAGGAGCCUGUCCCUUCUGUCGGCUCAUGACCUAACAUAGUAGGUGCUCAAUAAUAAACAUUUGAGGGAUGAAUAGAAAAAUGAGUGAAUGGGCUUCUCAGGUCUCUUUCAGCUCUGUCAGUGUUUCAAGAGUCUACAAAAGGUGCUAACACCAGUGAGGGCAAGGGGAUAGUGGACGUAUAAUGGAGGGACCAGGGUGGCACCAGAACCCAUCCGUCAUUCUUAGUAUCACUCAUGUGAUGCUCAGGACACAGGACCACCCAGGAAGUCUAUUUGCCAAAAUCACUGGUCCUACAUCAGAUCAACCUUCUGGACCUAAAGAGCAGUUUGCAGGAAAUAGGAGGACAGUGCAACAUGUUAACCAUGAGGCCUCAAUCCACCAGAACGAGGGAGUCAACAAUGAGGAACAUUCUACAGGACCAACGACCUGGUUCUUCAACGAGUAAAAUGGCAUAAAAGGGAAGAGAUUGAAUUUUUUUUUUUUUUCUUUGUAGAGACAGAGUCUCACUUUAUAGCCCUCGGUAGAGUGCUGUGGCCUCACACAGCUCACAGCAACCUCCAACUCCUGGGCUUAAGCGAUUCUCUUGCCUCAGCCUCCCGAGUAGCUGGGACUACAGGCGCCCGCCACAAUACCUGGCUAUUUUUUGGUUGCAGUUUGGCCAGGGCCGGGUUUGAACCC